AUGCCUGGCAAAGCUGUGUCGGAUCCCAAACUGGGGAAGAAAUACAAAUAUGACAAGGAUCAUAGGCCGAUGUUGACACAUCCGUCGGAUGGCGAAGCAUGGAAAGAUUUUGAUCGGAAGUAUUCGGAGAAAGCCGCGGAGCCUCGAAAUGUUCGAGUUGCCAUCGCAACUGAUGGGUUCAAUCCAUUUGGCAUGACGAGUGCCCCAUAUAGCUGCUGGCCAGUGUUUGUAAUUCCGCUCAAUCUCCCUCCCGGAAUGAUAAUGCAACGGAAGUACAUGUUCUUGGCGCUGAUAAUUCCAAAACCAGAAUAUCUAGGGAAGAACAUUAAUGUGUAUAUGCAGCCCCUGAUGGAGGAUUUGAAAAGAGGUUGGGAGGAAGGGAUCAUGGUGUACGACAAAGCUACCAAGACAAACUUUAGGAUGCAUAUCUGGUUCCAGUUCUCCAUUCAUGACCAUCCGGGGGGAUCUAUACUCUCCAGCAAAGGCUUGCAGGGGAAGUUCAUGUGCCCACACUGCGGGACUGAUCUGGAGUUCUAUCGGCUCGCUCAUGAUCACAAGUAUUGUUGCUUCGAUCUGCACAGGCGAUUCCUCCCGCCUAACCCUCCGUUCAGACAAGACAAGAAGAACUUCAGGAAAGGUGUGGUUGUCGAAGAGGGGCCACCCCGUUAUCGCACCGGUUCUGAGCUUCUUGCUGAGCUGGAUGCUCUUGUGCAAGACCCGACACAACCUGACAAUUUCUUGGGGUAUGGUGAUACACACAACUGGACUCACAAGUCAUGCUUCUGGGAGCUCCCCUACUUCAAAGGCAUUAUUCUUCCACAUUGUAUUGAUGUGAUGCACACCGAAAAGAAUGUCGCCGGAGCCCUUUACAACACAAUUCUAAACAUUAUUGACAAGACAAAAGAUAAUCCGAAGACUAGAAAAGAUCAAGAAGAACUUUGCGAUAGACCACAGCUAAGCAUUAAAAAGGUGCCAGGCAGGUCAGACAUCAGGCCAAAGGCCCCGUUCUCUCUCGACAGAAACCAAAAGAUGGAAGUACUCCUGUGGUUCAAAGAGUUGAAGUUUCCUGACGGGUAUGCAGCUAAUCUAAAGAGGGGAGUUAAUCUUGGCACCAUGCGAAUCAACGGCCUCAAGAGUCAUGACUAUCACAUAUGGCUUGAGCGUUUUCUGCCGGUGAUGGUUCGAGGCUAUGUGUCAGAGGAUUUUUUGCGGGUGUUGGCAGAGUUGAGAAAUUUCUUUCGCCAGCUUUGUGCUAAGGAACUAUCCCCCACCUUGCUUGAAAAAAUGGAAAAACAAGCCCCCGUGUUGCUCUGCAAGCUAGAGAGGAUCUUUCCGCCGGGCAUGUUCGUGACGAUGCAACAUCUAAUUAUCCACCUCCCGUACGAGGCACGGAUGUGGGGCCCUGUGCAGCAUCGUUGGAUGUAUGCUGUCGAGAGACUUAUGAAGACCCUUCGAGCUAAAGCUAACAAUGAUGUGUCUAUGAGCUCCCAAUUGAGACAAAUUGCCAACGAUUUUGAUGUAAAGGUUGGUUCAUUCAAAUCCUACGAUGUCAAUGGAUAUCGAUUCCAUACAACAGGGUAUGAGCUCAGUCGGCCCAAUCGAACCUCAACAAAUUCGAGGGUGUUCGUAGAAUGCGGUGGAGAUGACUUCUACAGAAGGGUUGAGGAGAUAUACGAACUACAAUACCGCAAGCCCAAACCUCCAAAGGUCGUUGUAUUCAAAUGCCGUUGGAUCGAUCCGAAACACGUUAACAAGGAUGACACAAUUGGCCUAGUCGAAGUAAAACGAGACAGUGUCUUCGAAUGCGAGGAUGUAUAUAUUGUGGCUCAACAAGCCACACAAGUUUAUUUUUUCCCGUACCCGUGCACUAAAGUGGCUCGCCUUCAGGGUUUGGAUGUCAUGUACCACGUGCAGCCACAUGGUAAACUACCAGAACCAAACGACCAAGAUUAUCUGCCGCAACGAGAGCCUGGAGACAAGUUUUUCCAAGAAGCUGGCGGGGACACAAGUGAUUUCGUGGUACGGUAUACCGAUUCUCCGGGCACGGAAGUAGACAAUGACGGUGAAGGUGACAAGGUUGAUGGUGAUGGUGACGACGACGAUGAGGAACAUGCCAAUGUUGAUAGUGAUGUUGAGAGUGAUCUUGAUGCGGGUCUUCUAGUUGAUCCCGAUGACGAAGACUACAAUCCACAUGCCCAUACUUAG